UAGUAGUCAAAUGAGGGCUGUCAGUGUGCAGGAAGGCUUACCACACCCCCGGGAGGAAGGAGAAGUCGGGGUGAGAGGCACGCUCAGUCGAUGACAGACCCACGGCGGGCGGACACCGGGCGGGAGGCCCCGCACACCCGCCCCACCGACGGCAUGCUCUGCCUGCUCCUGCCGCUGGCGCUGCUCUUCUGCCUCGGCCCAGGUAAUCCACGCGGGAACACAGCUUCACAAACCAGCUCAACCCCACUGAUGGUGAAUGGGACUCUGGGGGAGUCGGUAACUUUUCCCUUGACGCUUCCUGUGUCUGAGAAAGUUAAUUCCAUCACCUGGCUUUACAAUGGAACAUCUAUAGCCGUCAUAAUACUAACCGAUGCGUCAAGUCCAAACAUCGUAAAGACUAAUACAAAUCGGAAAGAUCGACUGCAAGUCACCGGGAACUACUCCUUACAGCUCAGCAGCCUGACAAUGGCUGACAUGGGAUUGUACCAGGCCCAGAUAACCACGCAAACCUCUACCGUGUUCUCCAGCUACACGCUCAGGAUCUUCAGACAACUGAAGAACUUAGAAAUGGCCAACCACACCUGGCUGUCUGAGAAUGGGACCUGUGAGAGCUUCCUGACCUGCUCUGUGGAAAACAUGAAUGACGACCAAGUGCUAAGGUGGGAGGUCGCAGGGAACAUGACGAUAAGUGAAGCAAGGUUCGCUCUGUCCUGGGACCCCAGGACGUCCGGUGAAGAGAAGUACACCUGCAUAGCUGAGAAUCCUGUCAGCCGACUCUCCUUGUCUGUCUCCACCCGGAGUCUCUGCGAAGAUUUUUUGAAUGAGAACAAUAAAUAUACUGGAUGGCUUAUCUCAGUGUUUGCGGUUAUUUUCAUAUGUAUGCUCAUCUUGGGGUUAUUUGUUUGGAGGAAGAAAUACUGUUUGCGCAAGACAGGCAUCUUUCAUUUCUCUACUCAGCAAACCCAGAGUUCUGCAGAGAACAUGAGGAACUUAGAAUAUGUCUCCGUCUCUUCGGGGAACACCGUCUAUGCUCAGGUCACUCAUCCAAACAGGCCAACAAAUAACCCAACACCUAUGCAAAGCACUGAUUCCACCACAAUUUACUCCACAAUUGAUCAGUCCAAAGAGAGUAAACCCGUUUCUCCCAAGACAACUGCCCUUGGCAACGUCAUCUAAAUUGCUGAGAGGUCUCAAAAGGAAUUCAAGAAUGACACAGCUACUCCUGAUCCCAUGGGAGAGAACAAAGGCAGCCUGGCUUCUGCCUGGAGGACUUGAAUAUCUCGGAUCAUCACUUCCAGUUCUUAGGACUGGAACCUGCUCACCCACGUCAAACAUCUGAGGAAUGACAUCAUUUCCAACAUGUGAUCCAAAUAACAUUUUCUAAUCUGCUCCAAGCCAAAACUUGCUUCAGCAAACAAGCCUGGACAUUGACUUUCUUUCUCUUUGGCAACUGAUGGUGUGGUUGACAAGGAGUUAUAAUUCAGAAGACAAACAAUUCUCUCCCUUUAGAGAGCAGCAGGACUUGAUUUGCUGGUUACGUAUGUUGUCUCUGGAAUUAGAUGAACUCAUUCCCAAACCCUCAUGCAACAUUUACUAGACAUACCUCCUGGGACAAGUUAUGGAACCUCUUGAGCUCUGGUCUCCUAGACUGAAAAAUGGAGAUCAGCCCGUUACUCAAACCAGGGACAGGAGCUAUCCUUGACUUCAGCCAUUUUAUCACCAGGGCCUUUGAACUCUACCUCCAAAUAUAUAUGUUAGAUCAACCCACUUCUCUCCAAACCUUUAAUCUCCAUCCUACAUUAACCCACCAUCAUCUCCAGCCUGCGUACUACGGUAAACUCCAAAUAAAUUUCCCUAAUUUUU